AUGGGUGUGUUAAGUCUGAAUGUAGUGUCGAGUGAGAAGGGCAUCAAGAAGACGAUGCAAUUCGAACCGACGACGCUAGUUUUUGACGCCGCCAAAUUGAUUAGGGACAAAUUCGCCAUGCAUGACACUAAUUGUGAGUUUUUUUCUGGGGAUGAGAUUGAAUUUGGAACAUUUUUUGGAAUUUUAAAAAAUAAGCUUCUCUGCUUUGAUUGAUUUUAUAGAAUCCAAUUCUUUCUAGAUCGUACCUUGUUUUGAAUUUUGAGAAAAAUCUGAACUAAACUAAGGUUUCCCAAUUAUGAAAUCAAAUUUGAACAUUUUUUUGGAAUUUCAAUUUUUUUUUUGGAAGUUUUGAAACUAAGUUCUAUAUUCAGGUCAUAGUAAGUUUUGAAUUUUGAAAAAAUCUGAACUACACUCAGGUUCCAAAAUUAUGAAAUCAAAUUUGAACUAUUUUUUUUGGAAUUUCAAAAAAAGCUUCUCUGCUUUAAUUGAUUUUAUAGAAAUUUUUUCGAGGUUUUGAAUUUUUUAAAUUCUGAACUACAGUCAGGUUCCAGAAUUAUGAAAAUCUGGGAUUUUUUAUGAACAAUUUCUGAAUUUCAGGUCUCACAACCUUUUUUGAAAUAAAAUUGUUUUUUCCACGUGGAAAAACCACCUGAAAUUCAUUUUCAAGAUUUUUGCAAUGAGCUUUGAGCUCCUAAAUUUAAUUUCAGGUUUUUUUUGAGAUAUUUUUAGCCUAGAAAAUUUCAGAGACAAUAAAAAUAGCAAAGCUGUUCCGAUUUCAAUUCAAAAAUUUUCCGAAUUUUUUUUCAGAAUGUAUAGACUUUUUAAAAUCGGAACAAGAAUCUUAAAUUUUGAAAAAUCUGAAUUUUCAAAUUCCAAACUUAUGAAAAUCUGUCGGCACCAAAUUUCAGAACUUUUCUGUGAACCAAGAUUAAAGGUUUUCAGAAUCCUUUUUGAGGUCCCAGAAAUUUUCUGAAAAUUUCACUCCAACUUUUUUGUUGCAGCCAAUGAAUACGGUCUUUUCCGUAUCGAAGACGAUCCAUCAAAAUGUGUUUGGAUGGAAAAUGGUCGAACUCUCGAAUAUUAUCUCGUUCGCAAUCAAGACAGAAUCGAAUACAAGAAAAAGAUACGAUACUUGAAAAUCCGAAUGUUGGAUGGUGCCAUCAAAACAGUUUCCGUCGACGAAUCGAUGCCCGUUUCACAAUUGAUGCUUCCAAUUUGCAAUAAGAUCGGAAUAUCGAAUCACGAUGAAUAUAGUCUGGUUAGAGACGAUGUUUUGUUGGCUGGUAGUAAUAAUAAUUCGACGUGGAAUCUGAAAGAGGAACGUGGACGGAGUGUUGAACGAAGCGGAAUGAUGGGUACAUUAGGCCGAAAGAAGGAGCAAAAAAUGGAAGAGUUGCGCAAAAAAUUGCAUACCGAUGAGGAACUUCCAUGGUUAGAUCAUUCGAAAACAUUGAGAGAGCAAAAUAUAAGUGAGGAGGAGACUUUGUUGCUUCGCCGCAAAUUCUUCUUUUCUGAUACAAAUGUUGAUAGUAGAGAUCCAGUUCAACUCAAUUUAUUGUAUGUUCAAUGUAGGGAUGGAAUUCUAAGAGUAAGUUCAGAUUUUUUUUGCUAGAAAACGAUUCAGUUCCGAAUUUUUCUAGGGACUUCACCCGGUUCAAAAAGAAACCGCAUUCCACCUGGCUGCUCUUCAAGCACACAUCGAAUAUGGUGACUUCCCAUACGAUAAGCCAAAGUUCCACAUUGAUGGACGCGAUGUUUUACCGAAAGAAUAUGGAAAAGUGAAGGAGAAUGAGAAGAAGGUUGUUCAAUUAUACAAAGAAUUGAGUGGAACCCCGGAACUUGAUGCCAAAAGCAAAUAUGUUCAUUUGUGUAGAGAAUUGAAAACUUAUGGUGUCACUUUCUUUGUUGUUAAGGGUGAGUUACUGUAGAUCAUAUAUAGAUCAGGGCUGAUCGGAAUCGGAAUUCCGACCCCGAAACUCGGAAGGUGUGAUAUCCUUCCGAACCUUCCGACAAGGGCCAUACCGAUCAGGCCUGAUCAGGCCUGAUAUGUGGGAAAAAAAUAAUUUUUUUUUAGAAAAAAUGGCUGGAAAGAACAAAUUGGUUCCUCGAUUGCUUGGAGUUAACAAAGAAAGUGUGAUGAGAGUCGACGAAAAAACCAAACAAAUUUUGAAGGAAUGGCCCUUGGAACAAGUUCGUCGAUGGGCUUCCUCUGGAAAAACCUUCAAUCUUGAUUUCGGUGAUUAUCAAGAUGGAUAUUAUUCAGUGCAAACAUCGGAUGGAGAGAAAAUCGGACAACUCAUCGGUGGAUACAUUGAUAUAAUUUUGAAGAAGAAACGAACUCGUGAUCAUCAAGGAAUUGAAGGAGAUGAAGGUUCGACGAUGUUGGAAGAUAUGGUUGCACCGGCUAAAGCAACCCUGGUUGCGCAUGGUCAAAUCGGAUCGAAUGGACAAAAUGUUACCGAUGGAAGUGUGGCGGUUAAAGGAGUGUUGCGUACACCGCAAGGUGGAUAUGGUUACGGUAUUAAUGGUGCGCAAUAUGGUGCGGUUAGUGGAGAAGUCACUUCGCAAACAUUGGCUAAGGUGAGUUAUUGGAAAAUAUAGUGAAACGUAUUAAAUUGGGGUUUGCAGAUCAGAGUUUGAGAAGGUAAUAGCUUUUCAUAAGUUUCACAUCAGUUUAUUUUAGUGUUUUCAUUUUUCAAGAGUCUUAAAAAUUUUUUAUUCAAAAUCUUUCAGGCUCAAAGAUUGCGAAUUCGUGAUAUGUACGAACAUCCACAAAGAGCGUUGAUCGGAACAAUUGAAGCCACAAUUCGCGCUGUAGAUGAAGCUGAGACCGAACUCUAUGCUGAACCACAAAUCGAUAUUCCUAGAUUCAACGAUGAUCAAUCAACAAAUCGAUGGAUUGACGAACAGAUGGCUGUUAAUAAGGAAAAUGUCAACGAAAGAUUGGCUGCAAUGGGCGCUGCAACAGCUCAAGUUGUUCAAUGGACAGCUGUGCAAGAAGAAUAUGAUGAUCGCGUCGGUACAGCCAUCGCAACCAUCGGUUCGAAUCUUCCCGAUGUCAGUCGAAAUGUUCGAGAUUUGUCCGCGCUUAUGACACGCGACGAGCGGGGAGAUCUCGUCGAAGCGACUCGUCUCCUUUGCGGUGCUUUUGGUGACUUCUUGACAGCCGUCAAUCCAGAACAAAACGAAAAACGAACUGUUGUGUUCACCGCGGCUGGUCGUGUUGGAGAAUUCUCGCAACAAGUUAUCAAUUCGAUGGAUCAACAGACUGAAAGUCAGCGAAUCUUUGAUGAUCAUUUGGUGCAAAAGGCUAAAAAUGUUGCAUCAUCAACUGCUCAACUCGUUCUAUGGUAAGUCUUUGGGAAGGAUGGAUUAUAAUGAAAUAUAUACACCCCUCGCCGGAAAUUCCCUAGAUCAAAUGUCAUUUUUCUCACAACCAAGCCGCCAAAAAAUGUUUAUUUUUUGCUCGUUCGUUCGUGUAUACAUUUUCCUCCAAGACAUGUGCAUCUGCCAGCAACUUGUCUCUUCUUUUGAUUGGCCCCCGUUUGCCGAAAAGAUUUUGUUUAUGUCCAUGUGUCUCGACGAAUUCAUUCACCCAAUCAGCCACCAUACACGCAAACCACUUAAGACUUCUUCUUCUUGCAAACAAUUAGAGCCGAGAGGGCCAACUUCAGAAAAAAAAUGCAUUUCUUGUUGUUGUUCAAGAGGGCCCCCUUUCUCGUCAAUCUUUUUUGUUAUACUGGCGCCAAAUCCACCACCAUCUGCCUGCCUCUUCCCCCCAGAGACUCAUCUAUAAUAUAACCCUCCCCCGGCCCCCUGUCUCUCCCAAAGAGAGAAUGAUGGAUGUGUGUGUAUGUAUGUAAAUCGGAGAAAAAAGUCCCUAGAGGGCACACACACAACACGCAUAGACACAUCUGUCAGACCACGCCCCCUUUUUGGUUAGUGACUGAGCGAAAAGAGUAGUCGUUUUUGCCCGCUAUAGUAGUAGUUGUUGUGUCCUUCCUUCGCCUCUAUUUUUCGCCCCUUUUUUAUUCAAAGAAGAAGAAGAAAGACGACGACAAUGUCAAUGGUGAGCUGCAUUUUUUAUUCUUUUUUCCGUGUGUGUGUGUCACUUGGAGUUCAGAGGUUGUUAGGUGACUGCACUUAUUUAUAAUUGAUUCUUUCUCUUCGUAGCUCUCCAGAAUCCAAACAACUAUAGUUUGCGCAAACAACUGCGAUAGAUCACUUUUCCCUGAAACCUAUAUGUACAUAUAAAUUAUUUUCCUCCUUGUCGGCGUAAAAAAUUCGAUUCACGAAGAUUCGAAACCAGUUCCGACCGCACCCCUCGAUUUUCCUCCCUGUCGUUUUUUUCUUCUUCCGCGCGCGCGCUUUUCCUUAUCUUCACUAGGCUUCUGCGCAUUAUCACCGCCUUACGUAAUACGUUUUUCCUCCACUACGAUUAUUAUGCGACAAAAACGGCGAGCCACCAAUAAUUCACCAACAAUUGUUCGAAAUGUACAAAUUUUCCGCUAUUAUAAUUCGGUUGUGAAAGCGCCGCCAAUGAGUCGAAAAGGCUCGUUGUAUAAUUUGUCGCGUAGUACUAGUACAGGAUCGUCAAGUAGUUUCGGGUAAGCCCUCAUUCAAAAACAAAAACAAUUUCCGAAAAUAGUAAAGGUCUCUCCCUCUACCUAUAAAUUACCGGAUCUGCACUCACUCAGUCGGCGCCGCAAUUAUAUUCACCUGAAUAAACUUGUUGAAACACCGCAGAACUCAUUCAACCAUAGAACCUUUCUCCAACCAACCCAAUUAUUAUUUUUUCGCACAACUUCGUACUAAUGUUUGCUGCUUUUUCAGCGCCAAAACCAUCUCGGCAGAAUGCGAAGAGUCAGAGGUUCAAGAGAAGGUGAUUCAUUCGGCCACAAAAUGCGCGUUCGCAACAUCUCAACUUGUUGCUUGUGCACGAGUCGUCGCACCAACUAUCGAAAAUUCGGCGUGUCAACAGCAAUUGACGACUGCGGUGACCGAAGUUUCGCAAAGUGUCAGCAAUUUGUUGCACGACUCACAAUACGCUGUUCGUCAACAAUCGAGCUUGAGUGAUAUUCAUACUGCUGCCAGACAGGUUAGUUGAUAUUCACACUGCUGCCAGACAGGUUCAAGGUCAUUCCCAAACAAAAUAUCUAAUUUUUAGGUGACCAACGCUCUUGACAGCCUUUUGGAACAUGCCAAAACCUCACCAAAGACUACAACUCGCCGUGAGGAGGAGGAAGAAUAUAAUGCGGUAUUGCGAACAACAAACCGAAUGAUUGCACAUCAAGGACCAUCGGAAGAAUUGACUCGCGAAGCGAAGAAAGUUAUUCGCCACAGUCAAGUUCUUCAAGAACAUUUCGAACAUGAAGCUCAUCAACGUCCAGAAGAUAAGGAUCGUUUGUUGGAGGCAGCUCGACGAGUCGCGACUGCAACAUCCGAUAUGAUUACAGCGACAAGAGAUUGUGAGUCUCGACCAACAGAAGCCGAGUCGGAAAGAGCUUUGAGAAGUGCAGCAGAGAGACUUGGACGAGUUACGAAUGAGACAACUCAGGAGCAACAGGAGAAACAUAUCAUGCAACGACUCGAACAAGCCGCUAAACAAACUGCUUACGAUGCGACACAAACUAUCGCCGCCUCAAACGCUUCUAAGGUUAGUUUAGUCGGGCGGCAUUUCUUUCUUGAUUGCAAAUUAUAGGAGAGAAAUAGUGUGCGAGAGAGUGGGAGAGAGAGAGAGGGGCAGAGCAGGCAGGACAGACAUAAAUAGGCAAAUCAAAUUACAGCCGCAAUCAAAGGAGCACAAACGAACUGAGACCACAGAACAGCUUUUAGUUGACGACACCCAUACUAUUUUACGAAUUCGCUAAAAAACCAAAAAAUCUUUCCGUUUUUUGAAAAUAUAUGUACUAUUGAAUUCUUGCCAUAUCUUUCAUAAAAAGUGCCUUUUGAAAAAAUUGUGUCUUUGAUUUUUCAACAACUACAAAAAAAGUAAAGUUCGUUCGGGUCGGUUGGAAAAUUGUAAGUUUGAUUGCGGUGAGAUUCUGCUCUGCCUUUUUCUCUUUUUUUCCACAAAAAAUUAACUAACCAUCUGUGAGAGUGUGAUUUUUAAAAAAUAAAUAUUAGAUUAACUUGUUUUCUUAACCCUAAUGUUUCAUAAGCUUUUCAUUAAUUAUUAUAUUUUCAGGAUGUCAUCUCAAACAAAUCCUACAGUAAUAAUUUGGUUUAUGAAUCCACUUGUACAGCCGAACAUCUUCCGAGACUUAUCACAUCGAUUAGAGAAUCACAAAAUGCUAGCACAGAUAGUGAGAAGUUCCGAGCUCAAAGCAGACUUAUUCGUGAUUCUCAUCAAGUUCUUGAAACAUCAGUCAGACUUGUUGAAACAUCUCGAACUGCAAUUCCAUCAGUCACCGAAGUACAUCUCGCUUCAAACCUAUCAGAAUCAUCAAAUCGUUUAGCAACUUCGCUAGCCGAAUUGAGAGCUGCUGUCAACGAUGCUCAACAACUCAAUUUCUCGCAACAAUUGGUUUAUAGCGAAGAAUUGAUUCGUGAAUUGGAUGAACAAUUGGUGAAUACACACCGUGCUGCGAUUGCACAUCAAUUGACACCUCCACAAUCAGCAACACCUUUGUCAACAACAUCUCAAUUGAUGUCGACUUCAAGACAUGUUGGAAGUGGAGUGGCUCAAUUGAUCUCUGCCGCCAGUUCGAAGGACGAGAAACAUGUUGGAGCGUCAGCUGUUGAACUUGCGCAAUACCUUCGUGAUUUCACCAACGCUGUCACUUCAGUGGUUUCUACAAGAUCAGAUGUUCAACUCGAGAAGUUCAUCGUCAGCGCUCGAUCAGUGGUUCAUGAAUCCGGCCGAGUAUUCGAUCGUGUUCGUGAACUUUCGCCACCAAUCGUUCUCGCUGAUACCGCCAAAAAUGUGUCGACUUCUUUGAAACAAGUCAUCGCCUGUAUCCCCGACACAGAGCACAUUGAAAAGGCGAUCUACAAGAUUCAAACAGCGUCGGGUAGCAGUGGAAAGAUCAGUGCAACUGGUCUUCGACAAGCCGCUGAUCGAUUGAUUGAUGCAACAUCGCAAAUUGUUGUGACUUUGGGAGCCGCUGAUAAUAUGAAAGCUGUCGAUGUUUUUGUUGAAGCAUAUUGUGAUUUGCACGCUUCAGUGAUCGCAAACAUCCGAAAUCAAGGAGAUCAACAGAUUCGAAACAAAUUGGUUGAACGAUUGGAAAACACUCAAAGAGAAGCAAUCAGUGUUCUGGGAACAUUGAGUCGUGCCAGCGUUCUUUCCGAUGCCACAACUUCUCAACAACUCACCACUGAAACUCGACAACUAACAUCUACAGUCAAUCGAUUGGUUGAAGAUAUUCAAGAUGGCGGAGAAACACCUUGGGAAAAAGAAUGCGAUGCGGCGUUGAGAAGAAUUCAAUCAGUUUACCACGUCACCCAACACGCCGAUGUUCCAAUCAAUAAUCACGGUUAUUUCCAAUCGCUUCAAAAUGUUUCUGAAGUUUCACAUCGUCUUGGAGAAGCUAUGACUGGAAUGGCAAGACACGCAAAAGUUAAUGAUACACAAGGAUUCUGUCAGAACGUUAGGUAAGCUAUAAAAAACCCUAGAUUGUUUGUAAUCAAUAUCAAUUUUCAGAAGUUCUGCUGAUGCUCUUUGCUCGUUGGCUGAAUCAGCUUCUCAUUCUGCAUAUCUUGUUGGUGUUUCACAUCCAGCAAGUACUCCAGGAAGAGCAGCGCUUAUUGAUUCAUCGGAAGUUUCGAGAAACGUCGAAUCUGUCACAUCAUCUUGUUCUCGAAUCGAAUCAAGAACCUUGAAUCGUGACGAGUUGCUCAAUGAAACCACGUCAGUCGCAAGAAGCACAGCAAAUCUCGCUCAAAUGUGUCGAAAUGCUUCGGAACAAACAUCGAAUGUGAACGUGAAGAAACAUAUGGUGAAUAGUGCUUUGGAAUUGGCAUCGAAGACGGCGAAUUUGGUGAACUCGGUCAAGACUUUGGAUUCGCAACGAACACAAGAAGCCGGAAAUCAUUGCAAUAAUUGUUGUGUUGAAUUGCGACAUGUUGUUCAACAACUUUUACAAUUCGCCGAUAAUCCAGAUUUCGGAGCUAUCCAGGCUAACAUUUCGAACGAAGGUCGACACUCACAACAACCAAUUCUUCAUUCGAGUCGACAAAUGUUGGAUUCAUCAGCUGAAAUGAUCAAGACAGCCAAACAACUUGCAACAUCUCCACAAGAAGCUGCAACUUGGCAAAGACUCGCUGAUAACAGUAUUCUUGUGUCGGAAUCUAUUAAAAGAUUGGUCGCUUCGAUUCACGAAGCUGCACCAGGACAAAUUGAGUUGGAUCGAGCUAUUGCUAGACUUCAGGGAUUAUCUGGAUAUGUUGAGAGAAGUGCUAUGGAUGCAUAUGCAAAUGCCAGUGAUUCACAACACAAUUCCAGCGCCGAAAAACAAUUGUUGCAACAAGUUCAACACAUCACCCAUUCUUUGGAAGAUAAGGUUGAUGAGUUGAGAAGUGCUGCAGUUGCUCAUGGCGAAAGACUUCCACAUAUUGUUGAACUUCACGUUCAGUUAACCGAAGAUAUGGCGAAUGCAGCUUGUGCGGCUGCGAGUUUGGCAGUUGAUAGUAAUCAACAAACUGAGUUGUUCGAUAAGUGUCGAACUGUUGUUGAAGCCGAAUUGCAAAUGAUGAUCGCUUGUCAAGAAUCGGGAGGAAAUCCGAACGCUCAACACGCUCAUCAUCUCGUCGAUGAUUGUGCCGCACAAUUGAAACAUGCUAUUGGAGAUAUGCGAGCAACCAUUGCUAGAGUGUCGAGUGAACAAGGAGCUGUGCAAGGAAUGGUUGAUACAAUUUCGAGUUCGAUUGUUCACACUGACACUGCUUCUGGACCUGGAUCAACGACUGGAUCAUUUGCUGAUUCGCAAACAAGAAUGACUGGAAAUCUCGAAGAGAUCCGAAGAACAGCACAACAUAUGCAACGAUGUGAUGCGAAUUCACUUGGACCAGCCUCGUUGAACUUGAGUGAAAAAUAUCGAUUGGUUGCUGCUGAUGUUCGAGGAGCUGUUGGAAUGUUGCCAGAAGCUGAUAUUGGACAAAAAGUUGAAAGUCGCUGUUCAGAAAUUGGGAACAAGUUGCAUUGAAACUGUCAAGACUGCUGGACAACGAAGAGCACAUCCAGAUGACGAACGAAUUCAUCGAGAAUUAUCAUCACAAACUGUGACAGUUGUUGAGCGAGUUGAUCAAGUUUUGGCGGCUUUGCAUGAAGCAUCGAGGGGAACUCAAGCUUGUAUCAAUGCUGCGAACACAGUCAGUGGAAUUAUCGGUGAUUUGGACACAACUAUAAUGUUCGCCACAAGUGGCUCGUUGAACACUGCUGAUGAUCAACAAAAAUUCCCAGCUCAUCGUGAAGCGAUUUUGAAAACCGCCAAAGCUUUGGUCGAAGACACAAAAGCACUUGUAGCCGGAGCUGCAUCGAAUCAAGAACAAUUAGCAGUUGCUGCACAAAAUGCCGUGAGAACAAUUGUCAAUUUAUCAGAUGCUGUUAAAAAUGGAGCUGUUAGUUUGAGCAGUGAUAAUUCGGAAGCGCAAGUUCUGGUGAUUCACGCAGUUCGAGAUGUUGCUGCCGCACUUUCGUCGUUGAUUCAAGCGACAAAGAAUGCAUCUGGAAGAUCACUUCAACAUCCAGCAAUGGGACAAUUGAAAGAUGCUGCCAAAGUUAUGGUUACAAAUGUGACAUGUUUGUUGAAAACUGUCAAAAGUGUUGAGGAUCGUCAACAUCAAGGAACUCGUGCUUUGGAAGCCGCUGUUGAUGCUGUCACAUUCGAGAUAAGACAAUAUGAAGCUGAUUCAUCCGAUCCAUCAGCAUCCCAUAUUUCAUCCGAACUUCGAGCUGAACAUCUUCAAUCAGCAGCUGAUAAUAUUUCACAAAUAACUCGCCGAGUUGCUUCAAAUGCAACCGCUGACAAUAUUCAAACACAAGACGAAGUGAUAGCUGUUGCAAAUAUGUCGCGAACUGCUGUUCGAACAUUGUUAGCUGUUGUUCGCAAUGUUUCAAACGAAACUGAUUCUGCUGAUCAACGCUAUCAAGUUCUCGACGGUGGUCGUGACGUGGCAAACAAUAUCAAAAAUUUGCUUGUAACACUUCACACUCAAAUGACAAGAAACAUCGGACACGAUGAAUCCAAGAGUUUACUUUUGGAAGCAUCUCGAGGUGUCAGCCGCGCAUUGUCAAGUCUUAUUGGAGUUUGCUCGGAAGUUAGCUCAACUGGUGGUCAUACAAUCAAUGAGAACAACACAGCUGCUGCACAUGCUGAAAAUGAAUUAUUGGGUGCAGCCAGUUCAAUUGAAGCUGCCAGUUUACGUCUUGCCGAACUUCGACCGCGUCAAUCUAUUGUUCAUAAUGUAAGUUUUUCCUCUGAAAAUAUAAAAUAUUCACUACUCUAUCUAUAUUAUUCCACACAUCGGCUAGUGUCUGAUAUGUCUGGUAUUCUUGGGUUCAUUUUUUGAUAUGUGAACCAGCAUAUUAGACAUAUCGGAUAUUGGUUACUCGAUGUAAUUUUUAAAAAACAAGGUUUGUCAGAUGUUCUAAUUUUCAGUUCUAAAUAUUCUGAUAUUUUUUCAAUACUGAUGUUUUCAGGAACAAGAACAACCAGAAGAGAUCGAAUUCGAUGGUCAAAUUCUAACAGCCGCAAAAUCAAUCACAUCAGCAGUACAAACAUUGGUUCGAGCCGCUUCAAAUGCACAACGUGAACUGAUUGCACAAGGAAGACUCGACACUUCUCGAUCUUCCGGUCCCGAUUAUCAAUGGUCAGAAGGUUUGGUGAGUGCAGCUCGAUUUGUGGUCGCUGCAGUUCAUCAACUUUGCGAAGCUGCUAAUGGAUUAGUUCAAGGACAAGCGAGUGAGGAGAAAUUGAUUUCGGCUGCGAAACAAGUCGCCUCAUCGACUGCGCAUUUAUUGGUUGCGUGUAAUGUGAAAGCUGAUAUGGAUAGUCAAGCGAAGAAGCGGUUACAAAUUGCUGGACAUGCUGUUAAGGUAGAUACAUCAUCACAAAAGGGAUUAGGGGAUCAAUAAAUGUAUGAUUUUCAGACUGCAACUGAAAGCCUUGUUCAAUCAGCUCGUCAAAUCGUCUCUCGCGAUGAUCGUAACAUUGUGAUCUCGGAGAGACUUGUCAGCGGAAUUGCACAAGUUAUGGAUGCACAAGAAGAAGUGUUGAGAAAAGAGAAGGAACUCGGCGAAGCUCGUCAUAAAUUGGCUCAUUUGAACAAGGCCAGAUAUGAGAGAAGCGGCGAGGAAUAA